AUGAAAAUCUUCAUAAAGGAUAAAACUUCUACAAAUUUAUUAAACAUUUUUGCUUUAUAUUUUAGUGCAAUUUGUUUUAUUUACUGCUAAAAUAGUUGUUAACCUCAAAAUCUAAAAACUGACACAAAUUCAUAGAGUUUAAAUCUUUCUUCCUCAACAUAAAUGUUCAUGCUGUAUGGAUGGGUAAGUUCAACCUAACAAACUUCAUAUAAUAUUUAUAAAAUCAAAGAUAGUGUCAACGAUCCCGUUUUGAGUCUUGAUUUUAACUAUUCAAAUUAAAUUUUAACGAUCAGUGGAAAAAAUAUUUAGAAUAUUUAUCAAUAAAAUAGUUUGUGGUUUUUUUUUUUGACUUAAAUUGACUAAAAUGGAUAAUAAUUAACUGUUUAUUUCUCUUAACCUUAAAUUUAGAGAGAUUACUAUAAUAAAUUCAAUUUAGCUAGUUAAUUAACUCUAUAAAGUUCUGGAUAAAUUACUCUAAGUAUAAGCGCAGCAAAUUACAAAAAUCUAUAGUUUAUCAAUGGGGCUAAUUUUGCUUCAAGUGGGUACCAGAAUGCACAGAGCUUCAUGUUUUAAGAUUUUUAAGGUUAUCUGUAUAGUUUUAAAUUGGAUUAAGUGUAUGAAAGAAGUUUACUUAAAGAAGAUGUUUAACAGAGAAUGUAUCCUAUAUACCCAACUAUUGAUGGUCAAUUAAAUAGUGCAACUUAUUCUAAAGCAUAUUAAGGCAUUUAAUUGAUAAACUAAAAUAUAACAUUAAGUAAUGGAUAAUUCAUGAGAUACUACUCAACUUUUUAAAUCUAAAAUGUAAUUUUAACAGACCCUUUCUUCUUAGGAUUUUAUUUUAGAUUAACAAAUCUUACCUAAGAUGAUAAUAAUAUAUUUUACAUUGUUUCAGAGGGUUUGUAAAAUCCUGAAAGCAUAUCCUUUGUCAUGAUUUAGAAUUCUCUAAAAAUAAAAAUGAUAGAUAAAUAAUACUUACUAUAUUCUAAUAAUCUGUUUACUAAUUAAUGGUAUUACUUAUCUCUUACAUGGGCUAGUAUUUAAGUAGAUAGCACAUAAAAAUUCUAAUCUUAGAUUAUGGUAAGUAUUAGGUAGUAAUAUAGUUAAAGUGCUUAUAAAUAAUUAGUAUAGCUUGCUUAUCCUUUAAGUGUUCAAUCAACUACAUAUUCCAUUUACUUUGGAUAUGUACCUUCCCAAUAUAAUAGUUAAAGUACAAAUUAUGGAAUUUAUGGUUACAUUUCAAAAAUUUUAAUUGGUUAAGGUGGAUCUUUAAUUAGCAACACUGAUGAGUUUAAAAAUACUUGUAAAAUCUAAAAUUAAUGCGAUGUAUUAUUCUUAGGUUCAUAAGGUACUUCUUGUCAGGUUUGUUCAAGCGGAUAUUUAAAUCUCUCAAGCAUGGAUUCAAAUACUUGCAUUUAUACUACAUGCCCUUCAGGCUAUUAUUUUUCAAAUGAAUUUAUGUAAUGCUAGCAAUGUAAUUAAGCUUGUUUAACAUGUUUUUCAGCAGGAAAUGAUUCUUGCCCUUAAUGUUUAAAUGGAUAUUACUAAUAUCAAUAAACAUGCUUUAAGAAAUGCCCAGAUGGUUUUUACAUUAGCGACUAAGCCAAUUUUAAAUGCGAGAAAUGCAAUGCAUCUUGUUUAAGCUGCACAGGACCAUCUUUUGAUUAAUGUCUCUCAUGUAAAUCAGGAUUCUACUUGAGCAGUAAUACUUGCUAACCAUGCAGUUAAACAUGUAGUCAAUGUACUGAUAUGUCAACAUGCUAAUCAUGCAUAAAUGGCUAUUACUUAGAUUCAAAUAAUUCUUGUAUUAGUUCAUGCCCAAAUGGAUAAUUCGCAAAUGUUUAAAACUAAUGCCAAAAUUGCUCAAUUCCAAACUGUUAUCUUUGUUCAUCUCUUACUUCUUGCACUUAAUGCAAUGAUAAAUUCUAUUUAUCUAAUAAUCAAUGUUAAAGUUGCGAUCCGACUUGCACCAAAUGCUUUGGACCUACUAAUUAGUAAUGUUUUGCAUGUAUUCAAAAUAAAUACCUGUAUAAUUCUGCUUGCUUAUCUCAAUCUGAUUGUACAGCUUUGGUAGGAUAUUUUCCAAAUUUUUAAACUAGUGUUUGUUAAGCUUGUUAAGGAAAGUGUAAAACAUGCACUUCCUCAAAUACUUGUAGCUCAUGCAUAAAUGGUUAUUAUCUUUAAGAUAGUAAUUGCUUACCUUGUCCUCCAUAAUGUUCUUCCUGUCAAAGCAGCACAGUAUGUACCUCUUGUUAUUAAAAUUAUUACCUUGAUGGUAAUAAUAACUGUUCACUUACUUGUCCUGAUGGAACUUUUGGAAAUAGCCAAAAUAUUUGCUAAACUUGUAUUGAUGGUUGCUAAACAUGCUAUGGACCUACCUUACUAGAAUGUUACUCUUGUGAAUAAGGAUUUUUCUUUUAGGCUUUUCAGAUUACAAAUAACUCAUAAGCUAUUUAAAAAGGAAUGUGCAUAGCUUGUAGUUAAUUUUGUUUGUCUUGCACAAGUAGAUAUUAUUGUACUGCAUGUAAGCCUUUAAGGUUUAUGAAAAUUUUGCCAAAUUUAAAUUAAUAACUUUGUGUUGAUGAUUGUGGUAGUUAUUAUUUAUCUGAUGAGACUGAUUAUACAUGUAAAAGUUGCUAAUCAGGUUGCUAAACAUGUUCUAUAACAGUUUCUAAUUGUCAGACUUGCAUCUAAGGAUACUAUAAUAGUGGAGGAAGAGUUUGUAAUUAAUGCCUUUCAAAAUGCUUAUAAUGCUCUUAAAUAGGUAUUUGCACUUCUUGUGCAAGUGGGUUCUAUUUGUAAAACAACUCAUGCUAAAAUGCAUGCUUAUCAGGCUUUCCAGAUAGUUCUUAAAAUGUAUGUGUUGCUUGCCAUCCAACCUGUGUAACAUGCUAAGGACCUUUGGCUACUGAUUGUCUAACCUGCAUAAGUGGUUAUUACUUGAAUCCUGCAAAUAAUAUUUGCCAAAUUUGUGAUCCUGGCUGCUAUUCAUGCUCUUCUAAAACAAAUUGCAGCUAAUGUAAUAACAACUAUUUCUUAUAUUCAAAUUAUUGCUAUUUGGCAUGUCCUAGUCGAACUUAUCCUACAUAAGUCAAUGGUAUUUCUGUUUGUCUACCUUGCACUGAUCCUGCUUGCUUAUAAUGCAGUAAUUUAUAAUGCAUAACUUGUAUGGCAGGAUAUUUUAUUAAUUAAGGAGCUUGUUAAGUAUGUGAUUCUUCAUGCAACACAUGCAUGAAUUCCCCGAAAAUAUGUACUUCUUGUGAUUAAACAAAGAAAUUAGUACUAUCUAAUACAUAAUGCGUAAGUUAAUGUGCUAGUAAUCAAUAUGUAGAUUCUGUUUAAAAUAGAUGUCUACCAUGCUUCUACAGUUGUAGUAGUUGUUUUGGGCCAAAUUCGAAUUAGUGUUUUUCUUGCCAACCAAACGGAUUCUACUUAACAAAUUAAACUUAAUGUUCUAUUUGUGACAUAUCAUGUCUUUAAUGCUCUGGACCUGGCUUCGAUAGUUGCAUUUAAUGUGCAUAAGGAUACUAUAAGCUAGGUGAUUCUGUCUGUGUUUAAAGUUGUCCAGAUGGAUUUUUUUUGAAUACAUCUAAUAAUUAAUGCUAAAGCUGUAAUUAAGUCUGUUUUAAUUGCAAUGGACCUUAAAAUUCAGAUUGUACAUCAUGUGCUGCAGGUUAUUACCAGAGCAUUUCAAAUUAAAAUGGCAUUAUUUGCUCUUAAUGCAAUAGCAAAUGUUUAACUUGCAAUGGUCCAUUUAGUUCUAAUUGCAUUUUAUGUAAUAGCGGAUAUGUGAAGUAUAAUUCUUAAUGCCAAACUUUUUGUCCUUAAGGAUAUAGAAGUAUAAAAGGAGUUUGCAUUUAAUGCCCAUCUAAUUGCGGAUACUGUGUUAACUAGAGCUUGAAUAGUAAUUCAUAAGUGUGUACUUAGUGCCUGUAAAACUAUAUUCUUAAUUAACUCGAUAAUACUUGUGUUUAAGUUUGCCCAAAUGGAACUUUUCAAGUAUUUAUUGCUAGCAAUUAGCAAGCACCUGAUAUUUCAAGCUAUUAUUGUCAGUCAUGCGAUUAAGGGUGUUUAAGCUGCUCUUAAUCAAGUUCAAAUUGUACUUAAUGCAAAACAGGAUAUAUUUUUCAUGAGACCGUAAAUUAAUGUGUUUAUGGAGGAACUUGCUUAAAUGGAUUUAUUCUAUACAUUGAUUCACAAACAUAAAACUAAUACUGCAAAGUAUGCAAAAUUAAUUGUGUCUCUUGUAUCCAACAGUUUUUUUAUUACUAAGAAAAUUGCUACAGCUCAUGCCCUGUGGGAACUGUAUAAGUUUCUUAGUCAAACAUAUGUGUCUUAAAUCUCCUUCCUCAGUUAACAAUAUUAACAAAUCCAGCAUAGGUUACUUUCAAGGAAGACGUUACAAUUGUAACACAAAUCUAAUCACCAAUUUAAAUUACUUCUAUGGUAUGGUCAUUAAUUAGUCCUUCUCCAACAUCAGAUUUAGGGUCUAAAUUUUUACAAAAUUUAAUUUUAAAUAAUAUUACUAACUUAUACAUCCCUCUUUCAAAUAUAUCUCCUUUAUCUCUAUACUAAAUCUAAUUUACCAUCGCGAACUCUAAAGGAUCUGCAACACAAACGAUUAGCUUAAAUACGUAACUCAUGCUGACUCCUGGAACUGUGAAUUGUUAGCCUUCUUCUAACAUUUUUAGUGGAACAACAUAAAUAUAGUUAACAUUGCUUAAUUUCAUUCAUCCCUCACCUCUUUUUUAUGAUUAUAUCCUCUCUCCUAUCUCAAACACCUACUCUUUUUAACGUAUAAAUAAUAUGACAGCUACUAAUCAAGAUUUGUUAUCAUUAGACAAUUUUUUUGUUGUUUUUAUAACAACGAAUUCGAAAUAGCUAAAUUUAACUACUUAUUAAGUGAGAUAAUAAUAAUCAAUUAAUGUUGUUGUGAAUGUUUUUAAUUAGUAUGUUUUCUACUAAACAAGUUCUCAAGUGCAAUUUUUAAAAGGUUCAGCUUUUACAUACAAUACUACUGAUAUUAAUUCAGAUCUUACUAAGUUCGAUACUCUUGUAGCCUCUAUGAUAGCUAAUACAAAUCAAUUAACCUAGCUAUCUACCUUCAUUUAAGAUAUAAGAACUUUGAAAGAGGUCUUAUAUAAUUACCUUUAAAAUGCUUAUUCGUAGUCUCAAUAAUAAAUAUAUUUACAAAAAUCUUUCUUUUAAGUGAUUAAUAGUGAUAUUAGUUGCUCACUAAAUUUAUGCAUGAAUUCAGGUAAAUGUGUCCCAAACUCUAUAUUUUGUAGCUGUCCUUCUGCUUUCACUGGACCUAAAUGCCAAAUAGAUGUCAAAAGAAGUUAGUAAUUGUCUUAAUAUUUAGAAGGUGCUCUUUCGUUGAUUUACCAAAACAUGGCUUCUAACAUAAGUAAUGAUGGUCUUGUAAAUAUUUUAAUGGAUAUUUCUUUCUUUAGAGACAUGUUAGAUAAGGCAAUUUAUCCUGUAUACUUUUAAAUUUUAUCAAAGUAUUUUAGUUAAAAAUUAACAACAGUAAUAACAAAUAAUGGUAAUGUAAGCUUUCUCAGUAGUAAAACACUAUCUUACUGUUUUAUCUAAAUAUUUGAAAAUUUAAAUCCUAUAAUUAUAAAUUACAACAGUACACAACUUCCUGAUAAAUCAACGUUCUUAUAAUUACUAACUAAUAUUAAAGAUUUAUCUAUCAUAACUAUUAUUACAAGUUAAAAUAGUCCGCUGAAUGUAGCUUCUCCAUACUACUUCUAUGCUUCAAUUGGAGUAAUCACUUCUUCUAUGUUUCCUCAAAUAUUGGAUUAAUAUUAAAACUACUAUAACACCUCAAAUUCAGCUAGUUUUUCAUCAUCUCUAUUAAUGAGAAACUUACAAUUAUAAGAAUAAACUUCUUAAUAAACAGACCCUUCAUAAAAUAAUGUAAAUGUUGGAUAGGAAUUUGGAACGGGAAUAGAUUUAUUGAAAUCUUUAUUCAACUUUCCAGUCAUUGAAUAUUAGUCAAAUCGUCACUUUAUUUACUUGCCUUAGUCAACAAUUACCUCAUUCUCCAAUUUAAGGAUAGUUGUUGCUGAAAUAUUUGAUAUCGCUUCUGCACUGCCAUAUUCUAGCUAGCUAUUAUCUCAGUAAUUCCUUCUAGCAACAGGUUUUUUCACAGUUAUUAUUUCCUAAAGCUAGUAAAUUAUACCAAUUAUUAACAAUCCUAAUCCCAUUACCAUUAUAAUUCCAAAAAUGGUUUCUUAUCCUUCUUUAAAUUAUGUUGAUCCUAAGCUUCCAGUCUACAAUUGCCUCCAUUAUGAUCAAAAUAAAGAUCAGUUUGAAACAAAUAGUUGCUUUUUUUAAAGAGAGAAUUCAACUCAUAUUGCUUGCUCUUGCUACACUAUUAAAUCUUACAUAACAGUUUAAAUUAAUAAGUAAAAUAUACAAAGUCUACCUGUCUACAAUGAUAUUAUCCUCUCAAAUAAUUUUACUUUUGAUUCUUAUGUUACUGAAAAGCUGAGAGUAUAUAAAGAGGUCAACAAAUUUACUGAUGCUAACACAACAUUCUCUGUAGAACAAGAGAAAUUUUAAGAGUUAAUGAUACUAAAAAACUAUUAUGGUCUAUAUAUAAUGAUUAUUAUAUCAUUAGGUAUAGGAGCAGCAUUUUUAGGUUAUUCUGCAAUUAAAUCUAAAUAUUUGGACGAAAAAAUCAAUAUGAAAGACCAUUCUAGAAUUUAUUUUUUAUACUACUUCCCAAUUAUUAGUUUUUUGGUUGGUCCAACUAAUUAGUUUGUAAAUAAUUACACUAGAGCAGUAACUUCACUUACUAUAAUUGCAUCUCAUUUUGCUUUUUCUUCAAUUUAUGUAUAAAUUCUACCUUUUGAUAUGCAGUCUUCAACUCAAUAGAUACUCACUUCAAUUAUAACUGUAUCUUCAACUUCAGUUUGCAUUUAUUGGACUAUAGGUGUCUAUCAUAUGAUAGUUGUUGGUCUUAACAAUAACUUAAAUGAAGAAAAAAAUACAGGGUCAACCUGGAAAAUAGUAGAAGGAUUUAAAUACUCGUUUGGUGUGACAAUGAUUGGGUUAGUUUUGGCUGUUCUAGCUUUAAUAAGCAUUUCCGUCUUUAUUGGAUUAUGUGAUGAUGAUUAAUUUAAUAUUUGGUAAGAUAUAAUAAAAGCUGUAUUCUUAAUUGACUUGAUAGCUGAUGCUAUAGUAGUAUUCAUAUUAAUCAUCGUUGGUUAUGACAGUACAAUAGGAAGUUUUUUUGCUCUUAGAGGAUAUGGUAUUACAAUAUAAUCUGACAAUAAAGUUAAGCAUUAAAAAUUAGAUAAAGAAGUAAAAUUAGAUGAGAAAAAAAAUACAAAGUGA